AUGGCCGACACCAAGCUCACCGACGACCAGGUCAACAACCUGGCGGCCGUCCUGCGCAACGACAACACCCACUUCGACGUCAAGGUCCAGUACGUAAACGCCAUCAAGACGGGCAUCAAGCAGCACAACAUCCCCGAGACGUGCAUCCCCCAGCUCUUCGAUGGCCUGCGCCUCGCCUCCAGCUCCCAGCACGUCGCCCUGGCCACGGCCGGCUUCACAGCGCUCAACCACCUCUUCACGCGCAUGUCGCGCCAGGAGCCCAAGUACCUGGCCAAAGAGGCCGCCCGCACCCUGCCCCUCGUCAUCGAGAAGCUCGGCGACUCCAAGGACAAGCCUCGCGCCCUGGCGCUGCAGAGCCUCAACACGCUCUACGCCGUUGCGCCCGCGGACGUUGAGCGCUCCAUUCGAAACACGGCCAUGGUCGGCAAGAACCCGAGGGCCAAGGAGGCGUCCAUGCAGUGGCUUUUGGAGACCCAUCAACAGCACGGACUGCCGUUUCGUAGCUUUGUCCCCAUGCUCAUGGAGCUCUUGGAGGAUGCGGACGGAAUGGUCCGAGAUACUGCUAAGAGCACCGUUAUCGAACUCUUCAAAAAUGCGCCCGGUGCUGCCAAGUCCGACCUGAAGCGACAGCUCAAGAACUACAAGGUCCGACCCGCCAUCGAACAGGCCAUCGUCAAGGCUCUCGCGCCCACCGGCCCUCGCUCCGAGACCCCGUCCGAUGCCGCGCCCGCCGUCUCCCGUCCUGCCCUGUCCGCGCCCUCGUCCUUUGCCGCCAGCGAACGACCCGUGACCCCGAUGGCCGAGACUCCAGCCGAAUCCGUUGAACCGCAAUACGUUAACACCCAUCGCGAACUGGACGACAUCCUUAGGGAGAUGACGCCAUACUUUGACGGCAAGGAAUCCGAGCACAACUGGAUGAAGAGGGAGCAGAGCAUCGUGACGCUGCGCAGGCUGGUGGCUGGCAACGCCCCGGCCGACUUCCAGGACACGUUCAUUGUUGGCCUCAAGGCGCUGCUGGAUGGCAUCAUCAAGGCCAUCAACUCGCUGCGCACAAGCUUGUCCAAGGAGGGUUGCAGCCUGGUCCAAGAGAUGGCCAUCGCGUUUGGGCCUGCCAUGGACCCGCUGGUUGAGCUGCUCAUGCAGACGUUUAUGAAGCUCUCUGCCAACACCAAGAAGAUCAGCUCCCAGAUGGCCAACACUGCCAUAGACGUCAUUGUGAGCAAGGUCACCUACACGCCCCGUAUCAUGCAGCACAUUUGGGGCGCCGUCCAGGACAAGAAUGUGCAGCCGCGCACGUAUGCGGCCGGGUGGUUGAUUACCAUACUGAAGAAGGAGGCUCAUCACAAGAGUCACAUCGAGCACACGGGGGGUGUCGACUUGAUCGAAAAGUGUAUCAAAAAGGCCCUUGGCGACGCCAACCCGACCGUCAGGGAAAAGAUGCGGGCGUGCUACUGGAGAUACUGGACCAUCUGGCCAGCGAGAGCAGAUGCACUCAUGGCCGACCUGGAUACCACCGCCCAGAAGCUGCUCCUCAAGGACCCAAACAAUCCCAACGCUGGAAAGAAGGUAGAAGCACCAGUUGCUUCUUCCAGGCCAGGCGGCUUCUCACGGAGCACCACCGCGACCAGCAGCAAGCCAAGUCUGAGAGACGCCAUGAUGGCCCAGAAAAAGGCCGCGCUGGCUACGAGGAAUCUACCGAGCCGACCUGGAUCCGCCAUGUCCUCGUUUGCCGCCGCCUCGCCUCACACCUCGAACCCGCAGCUCAGCUCAACUGCCUCGAAGCCGAUGGCUCGCCACCGAACCGAGGCCAACACGGUAUCGGUCAACGCAGGAGGCAUGUCGGUCGCGCCCAUGCGGCCAGCCAGGAGACGACCAGAGGUGGCUCGUCCCGCAACGGCAGGCCCAUACUCCGUCCGAGACCAGCGCACGUCUGUGGAAUCUCACAGCCCAGAGGGCGGUAAGUCUACCUCUGCGGCGUCAUCGACCUCCUCAAGGCAGGGAGGCGCGACGACGCCAAAGAGGCCAUCCUCGAGGAUUCACCAUGCAUCUCACGCAAGCGAAUCGAGCGUUGUCUCGCCUACGCUCGCUCGACCAACCGGAAUACCCUCGCCGCGAGCAAGCCCAGCCAGGAUCAGGCACUCUCAGACGAUGCUUCAUACCUUGAGCCCAACCAGGGCGACUGACGAUCUUACGCUGGUGGUGCCGACGCUUUCUAGCAUACAGUCGGCUACAUCCAGAUUAGAGUCGCCUCGGCAGCCAGACUUCAGGCGUGCCUCGCCUCCCGCUGGGCUCCCCUCUGGAAACUCACAGUCACCUCGGACGCUGAAAGUAUACGAGGAUCCUUUCACUGACGACCAGCCAACACCGGCUGCAUCGCUGCCAACUGCGCCUGUCUUGGAAGAGAGGGCGCUCAACGAAGACGCGGCUAACAUUCAAAGGCCGAUGCAACCGCCGCCUCUGUCGGACGAGUCCGGCCCCCCAGAGAAGAAUGGACAAAACGCUCGACUGCUGGACAGCGGCAUCAGCAAGAUCAGGUCCAAGACUUUGGAAGUGCACGGCUUCCGAAAGCUGCAGUCCCUGAUUCGAGACCCUAGGACGGUCUUUACCGAUCAGCGAUUCGAGGCUCUUUUGGUGGGCUUGUUCCAGUACCUGGAGGAUCCGCUGGCCGACCUCCCCGCAGACAAGGCCCAGGACGUCAAGGCUCAGAUCCUGACGACGAUCAAGCUCCUCCUGAGAAAGGAGCGCAAGAACUUUCAGCCUCACGUUUCGCGGGGGCUCGAGUCUCUCCUGCAGGCCCGCGGCAGCUACGACACCAGGGCUCACGUGGUUAGCGGCCUGGAGCUCCUGGCCGACGAGCUGGUGACGCUCAGCGACGGCUCCGAGACGGCCGUUGUGCUGACGAGGCGCCUGCAGUCGUGCAGCGACACCACCGUCGAGGGCUGCCGCACCCUCAGCAUGGGGCUCCACGUGCUCAAGGAGAUGCUCGACAAGCGGCCCGAGUACGUGCCGACGCACAAGGAGCUGCUGCGGCUGACGGGGCUGGCGGGCCGGUGCUUGGAGUCGACGGACUCGGGCGUCCGGAUGGACGCCGUCAAGCUCUGCGUGGCGCUGCAUGCGCGCGUCGGCGAGGCGGCCUUCUGGGAGGGCAUGGCGGAGAUUAGGGACGAUCCGAAGAGCUUGAUUACGUAUUAUAUCGUCAAGAAGCAGCGCGAGGACGGCAUGUUUUCAUGA